CAUUGCAAAACUUCACAAAAUUUAAUUCCAUCGGAAUGGCAAUGAAGGAAUGGUUACAAUGGCUGCCUCCACCACGAUCACUAUUAGCCCUCCUGUUGGCUGUCGCCGGCUUCGGCGGAAGAUUAUUCGCAUCACACUUCACAAACUCUCCAACACUACUCGUUGACACGUGCCACUCUCUGUGUAGACUUGUGGGACUCAUCACAACGCUUAUUUCCUUUAAGUACGAAAGAGCAGACGAAGGAACCGGUCGCGAAGGUCGCCUGCGGAACACAUUCGGAUGGGCUCGCAUCGAGGUCGUGGGUCGGCUAUCUGUCCACGUGCUCUUCGCGUCUUUCGCUCUAGCGCUAGUGGUGAAUGCUCUGCAACUUGGCGUGCAUUCAUCGCACGGGCCACCACCGCGCUACCCCAGAGUCAUUGUCGGCAGCGCUGUAAUAGGCUUGCUCUUUAACGCAAUCAACUACAUGCUACUUGCUGGUCGUGAACUCAGCUACAGUCGGCGACUGAGCGUCACUGAAGGUGGUGGUGUGGUGUUGAAGACUGGCUCAGGAGAACCAGUUCUGGCACACGCUCCUACUGAUAUCGCAAGCAGUCUGUUCGUGAUAGCGGCUGGUCUCACAGAAGAGUGGGAACACGAGGCCUCUCGUAUCGCGGACCCAGCCCUGUCUGCGUGUGCUGCUAUCGUUCUCGUAGUAUUCAACUAUCCAUUCAUGCGUUCUGCUGGCCUUGUGCUCCUUCAAACCGUGCCCGAAGGUCUAGGAGCAUGCGACUUGCGAACCGCCGCGCUCCGCGUCCCAGGAGUUUUCGCUAUCCACGAACUGCACGUGUGGCAACUUCACAGGGAUAAGGUGGUCGCCACGGCACACGUCAUUUAUGGAACGCACGAGGAUUAUCUCAAGAAUUCAGCUCUAGUAUGUGAUGUUUUCAAACGCCACGGAAUCGGGCUGGUCACUCUGCAGCCAGAAUUCAUGCUCACAUCAUCACGAGGUACGGAAGAAGAAAAGAAGGAAUUAAUAGCAUAUGGAAACUUAGGUUGUUCCUGUCCUUGCGUCAAAGAAUGCACCGGUCCUCGUUGCUGCGAACCCCCAAACAUACCACCUAUUAUACGAAUUUAAAAACCAUUUGUAAAAUAAGGAUCCUCAAAAUCUUGCCUUUAAGUAACUAACUAAGUACUAAAUAAAUUAUUUUUAAAUAGUUCUUAGAAGAAAUUAAAAUACUGAGAUGCGCUUUUCUAAAAGUGCGUAUUUAGGUCAUAAUUAAAUAUGUUAAACUUUAACGGGUUGCCAGGAAAUGUAAUGUAAAGAUUUAUGAAAAUUCUAUAACAUAGCUCCUUCAUAUAAUAAGUGCUUCCCUCCUCCGCUAAUGGAUGACUAAAUGUACAACCACUGCUCGAAGUAAAAAUGUAAAAAUUUAAAUUGACCUCUCGAAUUUCCGACAUUACCCAUUCACAACUCUUUUUUUUUCUUUUCAAUAAUAUUUUUAUUGAGAUGUAUGUAAUCUAUGUCUGUUGUUUUGAUUUAAAUAUAUACGUCUGACAUUUCACAUUCAUAAUGGCGCGAAAACGGGCUUUUUUUGCUACUUACAAUAAUGAUCGCAAUUUGUAGCCCACGCCCGUUAGGUACCAAUUUGCACAAAUCGUACUGCAUCACAAUCACAAACCAAAGAAAUUCGUCCGAGUAUCGCUGUUAAAGGUGAAAUUUCUAUUUUGCUGCGGUAAAUAAAGAACUGCCCACAGUGAAAGUGAAAUGAAUAAAAACAUAGUACGUGAUACCACAAUGCUACAGCGACUCAUUUUCCAUUGUUGUAAUAAAAUCACCUAGCAACAAUACCAUGUAAUGUACAACAAAGACAACGCCAUAUUUUUCCUUGACAAGAAUUUGUAUGAUAUAGAACUCCGUUUGUCAUUAAUUUAAACAACAUUUUAUUAUGUAGGUAGGUUAUUUGUUGGAAAUACGUCAUAAUUUGCUCAAUAUAUUGCAUUAAUUUACAGUUAAUUGUUUUGAAUUAAUUUUUUAUUCGUGUUUUUUUAGCAAAGAUUAACAAGAAUAAACAACCAGGAUCAUUUACGUAUUAUUUAAUUUGAAUCACGUGUAGAAAGAUACACUAAGUCACUAUUUAUAUUGUAAAAUUUUUAAAUUAUUCCUAUGUUUAUAAAUCAACAGGGUGCAACAACACUAUAUAAUAGUUGAGAUUCUUAUUGAAUCAAAAUGGUUAUUUGAUAUUCUUCAAACAGACGCGCUGUACAAAUUGUGACUGUGAUGUUUCUUUACAGUAUUAUUUAAGGAAAUUAUUUUUUAGUUUUCGUUUUUAAAAACUUAUUAUUUAAGUAAUAGGUAAAUAACAUAUAUGUGUACAAAGUUAAGUUGAAAUUACCCAACGUGAAAAUAAAUAAUCUUAAUCUCU